GCUAAUAGAAAAAAAAAAAAGAAAAAAAGCUGAACUCAUUCAUUUCAGGAGACGUCUUCCUUAGCUCUCAUCGCCGGAGAAUUCUCGCCGUCACGCUCGCCGGAAGUCUGCUCGGGUUAAUUUUAGGGCUACUCGUCAUGUCAACGGACUCAGAAGCUGAUUUCGUGAGUGGAGAGUCUGAUUCUGAAAACGAUAGCAAAGGUUUAUUAGAUGCAGAAGAGACUAGCAAAAGUGAGAACGAGAAUGUCUCCGCUGCAGAGUCUGAUGAUGAUUGCUCGCAACAAAGAUCGAAACUGGAGAGUCUGAAUCUAUCUGAUUCAGAUUUGGUUUGGGGCAAAGUGAGUAGCUAUCCGUGGUGGCCUGGACAAGUGUUCCUCGAUCCAUCCGUCGCGUCCAGCAAGGCCAAGAAGCACUUCAAGAAGAAGGGGACUUUCUUGGUUGCUUACUUCGGAGACUUCAGUUUCGCUUGGAACGAUGUAUCCAAAAUGAAGCCUUUCCAUCAGCAUUUCUCGCAGAUGGCGAACCAGAGCGACUCCUACGAGUUUCGUAACGCUGUGUGUUGUGCUUUGGAAGAGGUUUCGAGGAGAGUGGAGUUCGGUUUGUGUUGCGGUUGUGUCUCCGAGGAAGCUUAUUACUAUGAGAGAGUCAAGACCCAGAAGGUGAUGAAUCCUGGUGUUAGAGAGGAGUCACGGGUGAGAUACGGUGGAGAUAAGGCGUCGGAUGCUGUCUCUUUCGAACCGGGGAAACUUGUGGAGUAUGUGAAGGGUUUGGCUUGCUGUCCUAGAUAUGAUGAGAGUGAUAGUCUGAUGUUUGCGAGUAAACGAGCUCAGGUUUUGGCGUUCCAGCAGUGGACGAGUUACCUUAACUUUCCUAGAUAUGAGACGUUUCUUAAGGAUAUGACUGAUGCAAAGACAGAAGAGGAUUGUGUUGCAGACAGAUCAGUUGAGGAAAUGGUUGGGAAGAAGCGUAAGGUUGAGUCUUUGGAGUCAGGUAAGGCUGAGAAAAAGAUGAAGAACAACCGGCAAAAGCCAUGUUUUUUAAUGGAAGCUAUCCCUUUGAGAAUGGAAAGCGAGAUGAUGACGACUCAUACACUAAAGCCAUUGGGUGAUUCCAACUCUAUUUCAAAGCUGGAAGUUGGGAACAAGAAGAUUAAGAAGCCUGGACUCAAAGAGCUUGCCCAAGAAAAGACUUAUCCUCCUGAUGACAUGAUCUCAAGCCGAAAGGGAACACCUCAACCACUCAUCUUAGAGCACUCGAAUUAUGAAGAUUUUGAGAAGUACAUUGAAGAAAUGUCUUGCAGUAACCGCAACCACGACCCGGAGAAGGCGAGUAUCACUGAGAUAUCAGAACCUAGUGAUGUGAAAGCAUCUUCAGACCAGCAUAUCUUACCUGAGAAUAAAGAUAUCCCUGGCUCAGGCUCCCAAGACUGUUCAGGAGAUUCAUCAGCACCCAAUGCAUUGAUCCUCAAGUUUGCUAGUUCAGGUUCCGUUCCAUCCGAGGAAAAGCUGAACAGCAUAUUCAACCGUUACGGUCCCCUCAGAGAAACGGAGACUCGGGUGAUGAAGAAAGGCAAGAAAGCCAGAGUUGUGUUCAGAAGAGGUGAAGAUGCAGAGACUGCCUUCAGCAGCUCCGGGAAAUACAGCAUCUUUGGACCUUCUCUCCUGAGUUACGGCCUCAAGCAUGUUGGUCAGAAAGCCAAAGAGGGCAACGAGUUAACCCAGUGAAACAAAUUGUAGGCAACUGUUUAGUAUCAAAAACUUUAGGGUUUAUCAAAGAUUAGGAUACAAAGCUAACUUUUGUUAUGAUGUGUAUGAUCUCGACAUCAAUCUUGAAUUGAUAUUAAGGAUUCAGACAAAUGUGGAAUGUAAACUGACAAGGCAAAUUAAGCAAAUGGUUUUAGUGAUAA